CCACAUCACCACUGAGAAGCUGAAGAAGAAAAAGAAGGAAGAAAAAAAAAAAAAAAAGGGCCAAACUGUCCAACCCCCUCGGAAGAUUUCCUGCUUCAUGAAAGUGCGCACAGUGCGUGAGUCACGCAGGGCAAGUCCUGCCCGCUGUGUUUACCCCGCCGCUUCUCCUCAGCCGUGAAGGCGGUGUUUUUUUCAGGGGCGGGUGGAUGUGGACGCAGUGAAGCAACAGGCGGAGCGGGCAGAGUGCGCGCAGUCACCCGCCGUCAGGGGCUUCGGGUUAACUCGCGAGAAAGAGAGCGGAGUUUCAGAGGAGAAACCAAAAAUGGAGCUACUUGGGUUUUGCGCGCUGUGCUGCGCGGCGGCGCUGUUCGGCGGCGGCGCGCUGGAGGAGGCCGAAGCCAGUAUUCUUAAGCCCAAAAUGCUGUGCAAGUUCUGUGAUGUGCGUCCCACCAGCUGCACGGGCAAAGGGAGCUGCAAGGUCGAGUGUGAAAUCACGGCCAUUUGCCCCAACGACGAGGACGUGUGUGUCAGUACCUGGAGGAAGGAGGGCGACAAUUUCACCAUCGACACAGUCUGCCACAACCGAUUCCACAAGCUGCACGGCCUGGCCCUGGAGGAUUACAACAACAGCAAGUGUGAGAUGAAGGAGAGGAAGGGCAUGGGCUCCCAGUUCUUUAUCUGCUCCUGCUCUGAGGACGAGUGCAACGAGCACGUCUUCUUCAACUCCUACAUGGAUUCCCAGGUGGUGGCGGUCAUCUUAGUGAGCCUGGUGCCUCUGCUGGUGAUGGCCGUGGUCGUCAUCACUUCCUUCUACUGCUAUCGCGUCUACCACCAGCGGCGGGCCAGCUCCGGGCGCAAGAGGGGCUGCCUGGACUUCAGCGACGCCCGCGCCAUCAUGAUCGACGACGAGGGCUCCGACAGCAGCUCCACGCACGCCAACAACCUCAACCACAACACGGAGCUGCUGCCCAUCGAGCUGGAGGUCCAGGUCGGGAAGGGCCGCUUCGCCGAGGUUUACAAAGCCAAGCUGAAGCGGAGCUCCUCCGUCCGCGAGGAGCAGGGUUUCGAGACGGUGGCCGUGAAGAUCUUCCAGUACGAGGAGUACGCCUCCUGGAAGAACGAGAAGGAGAUUUUCUCCGACGCCGACCUGCGGCACGAGAACGUGCUUCACUUCCUGACGGCGGAGGACCGGAAGGCGCAGAGGCAGUGCUGGCUGAUCACGGCCUACCAGCCCCGAGGGAACCUGCAGGAGUUCUUGAUCCACCACAUCGUCAGCUGGCACGACCUGUGGCUGCUGGGGGGGUCGCUGGCGCGCGGCGUGGCGCACCUCCACAGCGACCUCAGCCCCUGCGGCCGCUACAAGGUGCCCAUCGCGCACAGGGACAUUAAGAGCUCCAACAUCCUGGUGAAAGGCGACCUGACCUGCUGCCUGUGUGACUUCGGCCUCGCCCUGCGCCUGGACAACGCUCUGUCUGUGGACGAGCUGGCCAACAGUGGGCAGGUGGGCACUGCCAGGUACAUGGCCCCGGAGGUCUUGGAGUCCAGAAUCAACCUGGAAAACAUUGAGUCUUUCAAACAGGCCGACGUUUACUCCAUGGCUCUUGUGCUGUGGGAGAUCAUCUCCAGGUGCAGCGCAAUAGGAGAGGUGAAAGAGUACGAGCCGCCCUUUGGGAACCUGAGGGAGCACCCGUGUGUGGAGAGCAUGAAGGACAGCGUCCUCCGAGACAGAGGAAGACCUGAGGUCCCCAACAGCUGGAUCGACCACACAGGCAUCCAGAUGGUGUGCGCCUCCAUAGACGAGUGCUGGGACCACGACCCGGAGGCCCGUCUGACAGCCCAGUGUGUCGCCGAGCGCUUCAGCGACAUGGAGUACCUGGACAAGCUGUCGGAUCGCUCCGACUCAGAGGAGAAGAUCCCCGAGGAAAUCUUGAUGGUGGAUGAGAAGUAGAGCUCAACAGGAGCGCUGCCCCCACCAGGGCAGCAGUGGACUCGCAGUCGGGCAACUGGGGGGAGAGAGGGGGAGAGACGCCAUGGGUUUGUCACAAAUGGGUGACCGAGGAGCAAACUGGAAACUCACGUCGAUGAAACGCAACUGAUACGAGAGAUGGACUUCCACACACAGAUCAGAACCAGCGUGAAAGUAAACCAGUGACUGGCUGAUUUGUUUUCUUCUACAUUGCUUCAAAGACUGGAUCAAGUUAUAAACAAACAGGGAGAUGAUAUUACAAAGCUUUUUUAACCAAAUGCUGUUUGCACUUUAUAAACAUCUAUGCACACCAAGUAAGUGUGUGUGUGUGUGUGUGUGUGUGUGUGUGUGUGUGUGUGUGUACACAUUCAGUGCCUUUUAUUCAAUCUGACAACAUUAUAGGAAUAGGAAAUAAAGGGACAGCUUUUAUUUAGAAAAGAAGGUAAAGGGCAGCCAGGUAAUAUAUUAAGACAUGUAAUGACACGAGGAGCCCUCUUAUAGUCUCAUGACUGCGAGUGUAAACGUUUACCGCGGCGGCCACGGUUACAUGUCUGCGACGGUAUUCAAAGUGCUCGUAUUCUUUCUUGUGGCAUUAAUGAAAAGUCCUUGAUAGCAAAAGGAAAGAAAACCUUUAGAAGCCAGAGGUGUACAGAGAAGGCUUAUAUCAUAUCUCGAGACAUAUGGAGUGUGCAUGCGUGCGUGUGCAUGCGUGAGUGUGCAUGCGUGCGUGUGCAUGCGUGAGUGUGCAUGCAUGCAUGUGCAUUCAUGUGCCUGCACGAGAAAAAAGGGGACGGACUGUAAACACAAAGUUGGAGCCCACUACCUUUGUAUACGCUGUUAGCUCAACUAGACAUUUUGUCACACAAUAGGGAAUUCCGCUCCCUCUGAUCUAUAUCAAAGUAUUCAUUAAAUUGUAAAGCCAUAAUUAAAAGUGUUACAGGUC